AAAAGUUAAAAAAGGACCACAAUUUGGCAUUGAAAGGUGUUUUAUAAGCUGCAGCUACAGUGUGCUGUACAUCAGUUGGUGCACGCAGUCGUCACUGUGAAGUUAGCUACUCGUCCCUUCUGUAGAUUGUCUUGACUGCUUGAUGAAGAUGAUGAUGCGAUCUGUUCCCGUCUUCGUGUUUCUAGGCCUCUUGGUCUUCCAGGUCGCCCUUGCCUGGCCGGAGCGUCGCACCUUCGACGAGUUUCCAGAACAAAAGCGUAACGAUGAGAGCAAACUGAUGGAUGAGCUGGUCUCCCGCCUUCUAGACAACAAACGAGGUGCUCUCAAGCCAGCUUGCGGUAAAGAGAAGGAUUUCGAGUGUUGGGAUGUUGGUUGUUUUGUUCUAAUUGGAAAAGAUAUAGACGUGUUUAUCGACUACUCGCCCAUCGGUGGGUUGUAUGUUUCACUUGAAUACUACAAGAACGACUAUGACAUGGAAAUCCUCAUCGACGAAGAACUGAAAGCGUCCGAUCUGUCCGAAUUGCUUCCAUACUCCAAGAAGUUCAAAUACAAGAGAAAGGUUUUUACGUUGACCAUCCAAAACAUCGUGCUUGGAGGAGAAGACUCGGAUGCAGUCAUAACUGGGGUGUGCCUGGAGUAAUGACACAGACUACACCGCAGCCGUAAAGAAACCGACUAUUGGACCAGGAACCGACCAUGCAUUUGAAUGGGAUUUCUUGAGUUUUGUUUUAUGAGUUUUGGGAUUUUUCUAUCAACAGCCUUAGAUUCUUACAUUAGGUAUUCAUAUACUUAUCGUCACUGAUAUUCUCCGGGGCUCGUUCUUCCACUAAAUUUCUUGUACCAAACCACCUGCGUUUUUAUCAGCUUUGGCAUUCUUUCCUUUCAUCAUAAAUCUAGUAAUUCGUAACGUUUUAUUACACUAUGAGCCUUAUUCACGAAGUCGGCCAUUUUUGUUGAGUUCCCUGAAUGUAUAUCAUUAUAUUGUUAACUGUUGAAUGGGAUGGCGCAAGACUAUUUUGCAGGCACAAUGCAGCCUUAUUUUAAUGUCAUUUCUUUUUGAAAUACGGCUUUAAACAUUAGUGAAGGUUUAAUUACACACUUUGUAUUAUUAAUUGAAGCAGAUUGGAAUUUAUCGUAAAAUAACUUGCUUUUAUUUCUCUUCGCAAGUUCCAAAAUUUAAGAUUAUACCUAACUUCCAAUGUAUGCACUGUAUGCACUGGGGGACGGGGUUGCAUUGGGCCUACAUGUGAUUGUGAAUGAGAAAUAUUGAGCCCUUGUUAUUGCAAAGGCCUAAGCGUCGCCCUUGUUGAACAAAGUUUAUUCGAUUACGAAUAGACGCUAAAUCCAUUAUAACAGAGCAGUGAAAUUCAUGCAUUCCAAAAAACAUGGCUUUCUUUGCGUUGUGUUUCUCGAAAAACAUGCUCAGUAUGAUUGAAAGGUCAAAUUAUAACGGAAGAAGAUAUUCUAAACUUCACGUUUGUGAAAAAUCGCCGUCAUUGAUUCUGAAACAUCAAUACUGGUCACUGGUAAAACUGACCUUAUAGUCGGGAAGAAAUCAUUCGAAAACGUCCCCAAAUCUAUAUAUUAAUCUCAAUUUCUAAGA